AACCGGCGCCAAGCCAUGGGUAUCUCUCGGGACAACUGGCACAGGUGCCGCAAGACCAGAGGCAAGAGGAAGCCCUGCCACAAGAAGCGGAAAUAUGAGCUGGGACGCCCUGCCGCCAACGCGAAGAUUGGACCCCGCCGCAUACACACAGUCCGUGUGCGUGGCAGCAACAAGAAGUACCGGGCGCUGAGGCCGGUGGGCAACUUCUCCUGGGGCUCCGAGUGUUGUACGCGCAAAAGGAGGAUUAUUGAUGUUGUCUGCAACGCAUCCAACAACGAGCUGUUCCACACCAAGGCCCUAGUGAAGAACUGCAUCGUGCUGGUUCACAGCACACCGUACCGACAGUGGUACGAGUCCCACUGCGCACUGCCCCUGGGCCGCAAGAAGGGGGCCAAGCUGACUUCUGAAGAGGAAGAGAUUUUGAACAAAAAACGAUCAAAGAAAAUUCAGAAGAAAUACGAUGAGAGGAAAAAGAAUGCCAAAAUCAGCAGUCUUCUCGAGGAGCAGUUCCAGCAGGGCAAGCAGCUUGCAUGCAUCGCUUCAAGACCAGGUCAGUGCGGUUGAA